AUGGUCUCACAUAGAAUAGGUUCUGCGGUCAGCUUGUCUUACCUCGACCUCAUCAUGUUCGCUGCCAACAGUUCAGCACUUCGUCUCCAAGAGAUCGCGGCUGACAUCAAGAGCAUAUCCGACUACCGCAUAUUUCCGGUCAUACUGGAGAGUAUCUUAUUUGCUCUGUACACGGUGCUGAUGAUCUUUUACUGUCUCAAGUACAGGCAAGACCGGGAGCGGGUACUAGCAGUCUUUGUAGUUUCUAUCUGCUUAUUCGUCAUGUGCGCGACGUCAUGGGCACUCGACGUGUGGAUCCUAUCGCUAGAACUCUACCGACUUGUUCCCGGCCGUCUGAUGAACAGCGGUGACCUCGGUGACCUCCCCAUCGGUCAGGCUGUGGAUAGCCUCAAUGGGAACUUAGCUUUCGCUCGCGACACAUGCGGCGCAAUCGUCUAUGUCUUCUGCGACUAUAUAACGCUUUGGAGGGCAUAUGUCAUCUAUGGCAGACCGCGAUGGCUCAAGGUGGUGUGCAUAUCAACAUUCGUCUUCUCCUGCGCGCUGUACGCCAACGAUGUAGCCCUCAACUUCACUGCCUCGUUAUCUCGUCCUCCUAGCUACGCGACACAUCUAGAGACGUUCGAUCAUGGAGCUAUAGUUUGGGGCCUAAGUUCGACGGCUCUGGCAACGACGGCAUUCGCGCAGGUCUUCUCCACGGUAUUGAUUGCUAGGGAGGCGCUCAUAUAUCGCAAAGAGCUCAAGACUCUUCUUUCACCAUAUAGAACUUCAGCAGGUCGCCAUAGGCUGGUGGCCGUUCUCUCCGUGUGA